CUCCCGCUGUCUCCAAGCCUGCCCCUCCUCCACCAUCCCACUGCUCGCGCGCAUUUUCCUGUGCGACUUGCAUGCCAGCUUAGCCUUGCUGUCUGAUCCCUCCAGCCCACAAUGGCUGCCAUCCUUCCCUUUCGGGACAUCAACGUCCACGCCUCGCCCUCCUUCUACGCCUUCUCCUCCCCCUCGUCCCCCUCUUCGCCGACUUUGGUUGUCGACCGGCCCUCCGGCGACCUGCGCCUCAACGAUGGCAAGCUUGUCGGAGGCCAGCGCGUCACCAGCAUCGCCGGCGUGCUGGGUAUGAUCAAGUUGCGCCUAGACAAAUACAUCAUAGUUAUCACCAAGGCCCAGCCUGUUGGCAGGCUCAAGGGCCACAUGGUCUACAAGGUCGCCGCGACCGAGUUCCUGCCCCUCCGCGAGCGCCCCCUGCGCGAUCCCGAUGAAGACACGUACCUUCUCUACUUGAAGACUCUCCUUAAGAAUGGCCCCAUGUACUUUUCCUACUCCUUCGACAUCACCAACAGUUUCCAGCGUCAGGCUCAAGGCGACUACUCGCAGCCUCUGUGGAAGCGCGCCGACGACCGCUUCUUUUGGAACCGCUUCAUACAGUCCGAUCUGAUAGACUUCCGCAACGGUGGCACGAACGCGUCUGGGUUCCGUAGCGGUGGCAUACAGAAAGAUGUCGACCCCUAUAUUCUCCCCGUCAUGUUCGGCAUGCUGGAGAUCAAAAACACGUCGAUCAAGGGCAAUCCUCUGACAUUCAUUCUCAUCACUCGGCGCUCAAGGCUCAAGGCAGGGACGCGAUACUUCUCUCGGGGCGUAGACGAGAACGGAAAUGUCUCAAACUUCAACGAGACGGAGCAGGCAAUCAUACUGAACGACAAUGCAAAUGGAUUGGGAGGAUUUGCCGGCAACUCGGGCUUCCAAACUGGAAGUCAGGCGGGGAAAGAGACGCAGGUUCUGUCAUACGUCCAGACGAGAGGAAGCGUUCCUGUCUACUGGGCCGAGAUCAACGAACUCAAGUACACUCCGAAGCUCCAAGUCCGCAGUAUUGAGAGCGCCGUUCCGGCUGCUAGGCGUCACUUCGAUGAGCAGAUCCGCUUGUACGGUGACAACUAUCUUGUGAACUUGGUGAACCAGAAGGGAAGAGAGAAGAGUGUCAAGGACGCAUACGAGAAGAUGGUAGACAAGUUGGUGUCUUCGCCGGCGGAGACGACGGAGCGCGACCAGGUCACUGAGGAGAAGUUCCACGUCAUCGAACCCAUGCAGGACAAGCAGCAGUAUGACCGGAUCCACUACAUCUACUUUGAUUUCCAUAGUGAGACCAAGGGUCUGCGCUGGCACCGGGCCGCACUAUUGCUGCAACAGCUGGAGGGACCAAUUCGGAAUCACGGAUACUUCAGGGGUAUCGAUAUGCCCGGUGACCCACAUGGUCGCAUGGAGGUGCGCAGCUUGCAGACGAGCGUUGUGCGUACGAAUUGCAUGGAUUGCUUAGAUCGCACCAACGUCGUGCAGAGCAUGCUCGGCCGCUUUAUCCUCAGCAGGAUGCUCAUCGACCUGGGCAUGCUGAGGGAGGGCGAGAAUGCCCAGGAUGAUGUUGCUUUUGAGGACUUGUUCCGCAACAUCUGGGCCGACAACGCUGAUGUAGUUUCCAAGUCCUACUCUGGCACGGGUGCGUUGAAGACCGACUUCACCCGUACAGGCAACCGCACAAAAGCCGGAAUGCUGCAGGAUCUCAGCAACUCCAUUACGCGCUACAUUAAGAACAACUUCCUUGACGGGCCCAGGCAGGACGCAUUUGACCUGUUCCAGGGCACUUACCUUCCUUCAGAUUCGAACAUUGGCAACAGCCUGCUUUUCGUUGAUCGUAGGCCUCUGGCCAUUCAGUCCAUUCCUUACAUCCUUGCGGGUGCCCUUUUCUUUAUUUUCGUUUCCACUUUCACCAGGCGGGCUCCUGACGCGACGGUUUGGCCGCUCCGCAUUCUUGUGCUGCUUUGCUUUGUUGUGAGCGCUGCGUGCAUCCAGUUCAUUAGGACGCACGGUACGCUAUAUGUCAACUGGCCGAAGCUGAACACGCCCCCGUACGCCAUUGAGGGCUACCAGGAUGCGAUGUCGUCGGUGUCGAAGGACCCGCUGUUGGGCCCGUUGGUUGCAAGGCACGAAAGGGGCAAGAGUGACGCCCGACUGGCGUACUUGGAGGAGGGCAACAAGAAGAGAAUAGAGUAGAAGUCGGGUGGGUUGAUAAGCGGCGUUGGGGCAAGGGUUUCACAUACUACGACAACUGUACUAUGGCCGGCCGGCGUGGGAAUUACUUUCGUUUGUUUUGUUUGGUGGUAGGGCGGUCUACAAUAAAUCCAUGUCUUUGGUGGG